AUGACUCUGGACUUAUACCUCCUCUUCUACUUCGAGCGUGAUAUGUUGGACAUGAGUUCAGCAACACAUCGCAGAGGUCUUGGAUGACAAAAAAAGUAAGACACCAACAUUUUAGGACCAGAUCACCAACAUAUCUGCUUCUUUCUGGAGUACAAGACAAGAACGAUCAAGACUCAUUAGGCUUGUCCCACUAUCUCCCCCCACUGUAUGCUCCGUAGCUUAACAUUCGAGAAACGCAUCCUGAAUCAUCCCCAGAACAUGGCAACUGAGGCUGAAACCAUGUUCCUGACAGACACGAGACCUGCUGAGGAUUUCAGCAAGACCUCAUCGUCUCCAUCCUCCUCCUCAGACCCGGCUCUCUCGGCGUUUCCAUUGGCCAAGGUAUCGAGCUCAGAUCUCCAGGAAUUGACAGUAUCCGAUAGCUGUAUCUGGCAACAAUCACUACACAAACAAAGUCGGGCCAGCUUGACAAGAUUCGCUCUUCCAGCCCAGAUGUUUUCGCUGUUUGCUACCCUUUCCAAGACAUUAUCGGCUGAAGAUGUCAUAUCGCUUGAGAGCGUUGCACCGCAUCGCAGAGAGUUCGGAAAGCGUGAUGAGGCUGUAAAGAGGUAUCUCGAUGGGCGAUUCCUUUGUUCUGACAGAUGUUCGAGGUGUAAGAGUGUAGAAGUAGUCCGAGUUCAGAUUUUGCGUAUAAUUGGUAGUCAUGCUGGAAUAUCGAGAAAAGGGUGAUUCCGUAGACAUAAUUUGGUUUGGUGAGAGAAGAUAUGUUCUAUCAUGUGGGAGUGACUGGU